UACUGCCGUGCUUUAAUCCUCAGCUUCUCUUUCUUGCGAAGCAGCGCAACACAGUGAAGAGGGAGAGAGUAGGAAUGGCACCAGGUCCCGUUGUUGAGGCCGCCGAGCCAGAGAUAGAGCAGACACCCUCCACUGAAGAGCCCCUGAAGAAGCCUCAGCCGGAUGAGCCCGUGGUCGAGGACGUAAAUGAGGAUGAGAAGGAAGAAGACGACGAUGAAGAGGAUGACGAUGAUGAGAAGGAAGAUGGAACUCAAGGGGGGAAUGAGAGCUCGAAGCAAAGCAGAAGUGAAAAGAAAAGUCGCAAGGCAAUGUUGAAGCUGGGCAUGAAACCUGUUACUGGUGUUAGCAGGGUUACCAUCAAGAGAACCAAAAAUAUACUGUUUUUCAUUUCAAAACCCGAUGUCUUCAAGAGUCUUAAUUCUGAGACAUAUGUCAUAUUUGGGGAGGCUAAGAUAGAGGACUUGAGUUCUCAGCUGCAGACACAGGCCGCCCAGCAAUUCAGGAUGCCAGAUAUGGGAUCCAUGAUGGGAAAACCAGAGGUUGCUGCUGCUGGUGGCCUUGGAACAGAGGCGGAUGAGGAAGAGGAAGAAAUUGAUGACACUGGGGUGGAGCCAAGGGACAUUGAUUUGGUGAUGACACAGGCAGGUGUACCCAGGAACAAAGCCGUCAAGGCUCUCAAGGCUAGCAGUGGGGACAUUGUCAGUGCUAUCAUGGAGCUUACCACUUAGAUGGUUUGGAUUGUCUGCUAUUUUGUUGAUGAGGUUUUUUUUUUAAAUUAAUGUCAGAAUUUAGUUUUCGCAAUCUUGUUGGCUCACCUUUAUAAGGUGGCUAAACCUCUCUUUUUUGAAAAAUUAAUCUUAUAGCUAAUUCAUGACAAUAUUGGGUUGCAAGGA